AUGGCCGUUUGCUUAGGAGGAGUUUUGUUGAUUUCAGGCCGGGAAGUCUUCGGAAGCGGGCAGAGUGGAGGCAGCCUUCGUCGGAAUUUGGCGUCACAGGCAGCUGGCCCCCAGACUCAAACAGAUGUCACGACUGGAGUUGCAACUUGUAAUGUUACGAGCGGAGGCGUGGGCGCACCAGCUACCGCGACAUUGACUUUCUCGCAGGGUUCCCUCACAGGUACCUUACAGUGUUUGGGUGAGACAAACAAAGCAGUGCCCGAAAAUCUUCAGACCGUCUGCGAUGGAUAUACUGCCACCGCGACGCUACUAGAAGCGGAUACCUCUAGCUGCCAGAUUGGCUCUCAUAAAUUGGGCAACAAGGUGACGCUGGGCAGCAUCCUCGGAACAACUCCCGAGGUGAAGUGGACUCGAAUAGGGGAAGAGGAGCAUAACAGCCAAGUGUGGAGACUCCAGCUAGCAGAAACAGACCUUCCCCUGGCAGACAAAACAUUUUUCGUGGGCUGUCAAAAAGGGGCGUCAACCGACCCGUCAUGUAAAGUGACCGUGAACGUGAAUGCCCGACCCUCGGCGGUUGACGACACCAACGUUGUCACCUGCGCAUACGGCAAAGACAGCAACCAGAAAGCCGUGGAAGUGGAGAUGUCACAAGACAAAAACACUCUCACCAUUGACUGUGGGAAGGACGGAUCUAUGCAGCCUGCUGAAUUCACAUCUCAGUACUGCUCCCCCGAGGGAGACACGUUGGAGGAAUGCUCCAAGGCGAACUACUCUGAUAUUCUUCCCACUUUUGAAACCAGCUGGUGGACCGAAGCGGAGAACGACAGUUCCCCGGCUGUGUUGACCAUCCCGAAGGCCGACUUCCCAGGUGAAGACCAGCGCCUCCUUCUAGGGUGCGCUCCCAAAACAACAGCUGCGCAAAAUGCUACAAAGGGAUCCAGUCAGUCUGAGUCGGUGAAAACAUCCUGUCGGGUUGUUGUUACUGUCAAGGCGGCGAGCUCGGCCUCGUCUGCAUCAUUCACCUCGCAAACUGUAGCUGCGACCGCUGGAGCAACUGUUCUACCAGCGCUGUUGGCUGGUUCGUUCUAA